AUGGUUUAUUAUUUCACAUCGAAUGUGAUCCAGCCGUCAGCUUUCAUCUAUGUUGGCAAGGAUAAAUUUGAAAAUGAGGACUUAAUCAGAUUCGGCUUAGAGAGCGAUUUCCACGUGGAUAAUUUAUCAAGUGCACAUGUGUAUCUCCGUCUCCGUGACGGAGAAUCUUGGGAGCAGAUUCCUCAGGCGCUUCUAGAAGAUUGCGCCCAGCUAACGAAGGCGAAUUCAAUCGAAGGGAACAAGAAGGACAACAUCACUGUGAUAUAUACACCUUGGUCCAAUUUGAUGAAGGAUGGAUCCAUGGCAGCUGGCCAGGUCUCUUUCCACAACCAUAAAUUGGUCCGCAAGGUGUUCGUUCGGCAGCGAGAAAACCCCAUUGUCAAUCGUCUAAACAAAACCCGUGUUGAAAAAUUUCCCGAUCUCAAAGCCGAGAAAGACGAAUUCCUGAAAAAGAAAAACAAAGAGGAACGCAAAGUGAGAGAGGAACAACGGAUCAAAGAGAAACAGGAAAGGAGAGAACGUGAUCAGCUGAAAUGGCAGAAAGAGCAUGCCUAUGAUGACCUAAUGAGCGAAGAGAACGUUCAAGCAAGCAGCAACCAAGAUCGGGACUCUGACUUCUAUGAUGACUUCAUGUGAAGCAGAGGGCUUGGGCAGUGGACUGUGGACUCGUCUCUGGAACUCUACUAUCGCUUGUCGCAUGCUCUACCUUCGGGCAAUGCAACCACACCCCCUGCUCAUUGUCGACGCCCCUUCAGGGUACAUCAGCGGGAUAUAGAAGUUUCUUAUUUCGUGGUCACGAAACCCUACACCAACUGACUGGGAAGUACGAGGCCUAGAACUGGUGAAAACACUCAAGGUUCGCAUAUCAGAAAUAGAGCUAUGGCGCUGGUAUUGAAGAAUGGCUGGAAACUCCCAUGUUUUCUGUCGCCGUUUCGCAAAUUACAGUGGGGUAAAUGUGGAUUUCACUUAAGGGACACCCCGAUGUGCAUACAAGCUGUACAUCGCGUGGAACUCGGGAUAUCAUAGAGAGAAAAUGGGUUUUAGUAUAAAUGUAGCAUGGGC